CGCUCGUCUCGGGGCACCGGGCGGUCCUGUCCUUCGAGGUGAGUGUCUUAUUGUAUUCCCCGCUCGUCUUUUAAUCCUUUGUUGUUUCUUGCAGGUUCUCCGCCAGACAGAGACCAGAUGAAUCACGCCGAGUGCCUGAAGACAAGGAAGGCCAAGGCGGCCGCUGCUAAAGCCGCACUGGCGAAAGCCAAAAACGCCCCCGCCUCGGAGUCCAACUCCUCGGCUUCUGAUGCUGCCCGGCGAACUGCUGAGGGCGAGCAGCAUUUAAUCGCCACCGUGCUGGCUCAGGGUUCUGGGGCCCCUGCUCUUGAAGCUGCCCUUCCACCGCCGACCGUCCCUUCGAAGGUGGCUCCUCAAAAGGGGACGGAGAAGGUCCCCGAGAAGAAACAGAAGAGGGGCCGCGAGGUAGGCUCCACUGGCCCCCUGCUUGAAGAUGCCGGCUCUCUGCCAUUGAGCCGCCCGGCGGAAGAGCUUUGGAGGGAGAUGGCCCUCAAGGCCGGUCUUGAGCUGCCCCGCCGUUCGUCCUUUGAGGCGACCAGCGCUGCCCUGGCAGCCGCUCUUCAGGUAAUUCCUCCUUGCUAGACCCGAGUACAUUUCUUCUUUGACGUUCGUCUUCUAACCAUUACUUUCUCUUCUAUCAUCCAGUCUGGGCUUCUAGUCCUUCAGGCUGAAGCUGCCAGGGAGGCCGACCUGAGAGAGGUCAAGGCCAAGGCCGAAGCGGCUGUCGCCACAGCCCGGGAGGCCGCCCGUCGAGCUGAGGCGGAGGCUGCAGCCAAGGGGAGGGAGAUUGCAGCCCUGCAGGCUGAAUCCCGCAGCCAGUUGUCCGGUCUUGAGAGAGCCGGUUUCAAGCUUGUCCCGGUGUUCCCUGCCGCCAAGGAUGCCACUCCGGAGUGGUUGGUCGACACCUCCGGCUACCGGAACACCGGGGAAUUUAUGGAUUCCGCCAAGGACUACUGCGCCAGGGCCUUCGGCGAUGUGUUCUCCGCGGCGCUGGCGAAGAUCCCGCCCCGGCAGCGCCUGGCGUGCGGCGUGCGGAUCCUGGAGAGCUCCCCCUUGUCGCAUAAGUUCCUCUACGAGGUCGGCGACAGCUCCUUCGCCGCUGGCUACAAUGAGGGGGUCAAGGCCACCCUUCCCAUUUUCUCGAGGCUGCAGGGGGCCGACUUCGAGCUUGCUGCAAAUACAGACGACGAUCUGCUGCUUCAAGCCUUGGGGAAGUUGGGGAGAGACCAACGGCGGGAGGAGGCCAAGGCUAGAGGGGAAACUCCGGAACCCCCGUCCCCCGAGCCCGAAGCCGAGGAGGAGGAGCAGAUCCCGGGAGGCAGCCGGCCUGAGUCCCCUUUCAUGGUGUAAAUGUACAUUGUAAUCUCUUCAUUUUGCGCUUGUAAUGCCCGGCCGUUAGAGCCGAAGAAUAUAUACAAUUUUUGCCCAAAUUGUCUCUACGUUCAUGAUCUUUACUUCUUUAUUUCU